AUGGAGGUGCUGCUGGUGACUUGGCUGCUCUCUGGCUGCAUGGUCUGGGGGGGAGGGACCUCAGGGAGCAGCACUGUCCAUCUCCACAAAGCAAAAGACCAGGAUGGCAGAUGCAUCUAUUCCUUCGUGGUCCCCAGUGCCAGUGAAGCCAGCUGUGCUGACCCUGGUGAAGCCAUGGCAGCUAUCGGGGCUCUGCAGCAGGAGAGCAAUGCCCAGCGCCUGGAACUGGAGUCUGCUCGAGCCAGGCUGGCUCUUCUGGAGAAGCUGGUUGAGCAGCUGCACGGCAGCCAAGCUGGGAGGGGCCCCUCUCUUUCUCUGGUGGGGCUACUCCAAAGAGAGGUGGGUAGUCUGAAGAGGGAGCAAGCCCAGCGGGACAGCCAGGUGAGCAGGCUGGAGUCUACCAUCAGCAACCUCCUCCAAGACAAGUCUGCCUUAGAAGAAGACAAGAGGCAGCUAGAGGAAGAGAAGGGCGAGCUGGGAAGGAGGCUGGAGGCCAGCACCCAGGCGAUGGCACAGCUGAGAGCAAGCCAGUGUCCCCAGGCUGGAGAGCUGCCCAGCAGCAGGGACUCCCUCCGCACUUCUAGAGAAGUGUCUAAAUGGGACACAGAAAGCUUGGACUACCAAGAGCUGAAAUCAGAACUGAUGGAGGUCUCUGCAUCCCACCUCUUCCAGGGAAGCCCCUCACCCAGCCAUCCUGGCACAGAAACCGAAGAAUUGGAUUGUGGACAGCUGGUGUGGGUUGGUGAACCGAUGACCUUCCGUAGGGCAGAGACCAUUGCCGGUAAGUAUGGUGUGUGGAUGAAGGACCCAGAACCUGUGUCUCCAUACACCCGUGAGACAACAUGGAGAAUUGACACUGUCGGUACAGACGUCCGCCAAGUCUUUGAGUAUGAUGAUGCAGAUCAGUUUGUAAAAGGCUACCCUUCCAAAGUGCACGUGUUGCCUAGAUCCAUGGAGAGCACCGGAGCUGUUGUUUAUCGGGGCUCCCUCUAUUUUCAAAUGCGCAAGUCCAGAAUACUGGCUAAGUAUGGCCUGAAGACUGAAGUCAUUACAGUCCAAAAAGUGUUGCCCAAUGCUGGCUACCAUGGACAGUUCCCCUACUCAUGGGGUGGAUAUACAGACAUUGACCUAGCCGUUGAUGAGCUAGGGCUGUGGGUAAUUUAUAGCACAGAAAAUGCCAAGGGGGCUAUUGUGCUUUCCAGACUGGAUCCAGAGACUCUGGAGAUUGAGCAGACUUGGGAGACCAACAUCCGCAAGCAGUCCGUGGCCAACUCCUUCAUGAUCUGCGGCUCCUUGUAUACCAUCAGCAGUUAUUCAUCCCCUGAGGCCACAGUGAAUUUCAUCUAUCGCACCAGCACAGGAACCAGUGCACCUCUGAGCAUUCCCUUUGAGAACCGCUACAGAUACAGCAGCAUGAUAGACUACAAUCCCACAGAACGAAAACUGUUGGCUUGGGACAACUUCAACAUGGUGGCUUAUGAAGUCAAGCUCUCCAAGAUGUGA